AUGCCUCACGAAGGUGUACCUAACCUUCAGGGCUUGAGAAAAAUGAUCAGUGAACUUCACAGACAGUUUCCCAAACCCCCUACAACUCUAUCGAUUGAAGAACUCAUCGAAUCCGCCAAAAAACCCCGUUCCAAAUCAAUACCCCGGCCUCAAAACAGCUUCAUGUUGUAUAGGAAAGAUGUAUCGGCAAGGUCAAUGAUUGCAAGUACUAACACGGGAACUAACACGGGAGGGUCGAGAGGAAUAGCGAAGAAUUCAGAAAUAGCAAGCAAGGAAUGGAAGAAGGUUGUAAACGACAAGAAACAACACGAUUUCUGGAAAUGUUUGUAUGAAAUCGUCAAUUACAAACAUCAAAUAAUGUACCCAAAAUACAAAUAUCAACCAAAAAAAGGUGCUAAAAAUAGAAGGCAAAGAAGAAAGAAAGGAGAUUGCAAUAACACUAAUAAGAAUAACACAAUAUCCCAAUUGGCAAUACCUUUGAUCUCUGAUGACCAGUUAACCGAGACUCUCAACCAAGAAGGCUUGGAAAGUGGACAUCGUACAAACACGGCUGUCAUUUCAUCAAAUGAUUUUGAACAGCCGCAGCCGCUCACCCAAUCAUCCUCUCUACGUUCUCGCCAACAGCAACAAAUACAGCAAUCCAUAUCCCAACAUGCUCCAUAUGACAUUAUGGUAUCUCCACAAACAGCUGUCAAUCCUACUCAAGCGCAAGUCAAUCCCAAUAUGCUACUAUUCCCCAGUUCACAACAAUAUCAUAUCAUCCCCAAUUGGACUUCAUACAUUCCUCCAGUGGCAGGUUCUCCAGUAAUCGGCUCGUCAGUAACAACAUCAGGAUCCAUGUCUACUCAAGCAUCUCAAUAUUCUCAAUUAGCGCAAUUGCCUCUACUGGUCGAUUUGAGUAAUUUAGGAAUCGUUAUCCCUACUCAAACGACGCUGCAAAGUGAACAAGGAAAGAGCAGAAAGAAAAGUGGUGGUGGUAUUAAUGGAGUUAAUGGUGGUGCUUAUAAUAUUAUCGACAGUAAUAUUGAUAAAAGUAAUAUUAUUUUCAAUAAUCCUUAUCUUGAUAACGCUUUUCCUAUCAACGGUGGUGAUCCGCAAUCAUGCUAUUCCCAUCCCCACUCAUAUUCCCACUCGCAUUCCCACUCUAGCCACAACAUUUGCUCCACUUCCCCUUACUCACUACAACCAUCACUCAGUAAUGAACGUACAUAUAAUGGUUAUUUUUCUCAGAUCGACCCAUUCCUGUUAUAUUACAGUUCAUGCUCUUAA